CUAGAAAAGCGAUAACGUGAUCGGAUCGAGCCUUAGCUUGGAUCAUCUAUCUAUAUAUCUAUCCUACUACUAAAUGGAUAUUAAUGAUGUGGUUGUUGGUUCUGUAUCCGAGAUGAUGCAAAAUGAUCAUCGUAAUUUGUUAUCGGUUAAGAAUAAGAAAAUUAAGAAGCCCAGAUUUGCUUUUCAAACUAAAAGUCAGGUUGAUAUACUUGAUGAUGGCUAUCGAUGGAGAAAAUAUGGACAAAAGGCUGUCAAGAACAACAAUUACCCAAGAAGCUACUACAGAUGUACUCAUGAAGGAUGCAAUGUGAAGAAGCAAGUACAGCGCCUUUCCAAAGAUGAAACAGUUGUAGUGACUACUUACGAAGGAAUGCAUACUCAUCCUAUUCAAAAGCCCAGUGAUAAUUUUGAACAAAUCCUCCAUCAGAUGCAUAUUUUUCCUAAUCCUCCAUGCCAUUUAAUUAAUUAAUGCUCUCUUAUUACACUCUCAAAACAAAUAUUUACUACAACUGCUACCUAAGAUCAUUACUAUAUAUAUUUGUUUCUUUAUUAGUAUUAGUAAACUACUGUUUCACAGCUAAUUAAAUUCAACCUCUCUUCUACUUUCACCCUCAAUUUUAAAUUUUUGACAUACAUAACACCUUCUCUUUCAAAAUUUUGGUGUUUCACAAAUUCAGUAAAGGUACUUUAAGCAAUUUUUGUGUUAUUGGGA